AUGAAACGACCAAAGCUAAAGAAAGCGAGUAAGCGAGUGUCAUGUGCUCUACGGUACAAAAUCCAAAAGAAGGUACGAGAGCACAACAGAAAAUUGAAAAGAGAGGCCAAGAAGAAAGGAGUGUCAAAACGAAGCAAGAAAGAUCCAGGAGUGCCCAGUAGUGCUCCAUUUAAAGAGGAAGUUCUGCGAGAGGCUGAGCAAAGGAGACUGCAGAUUGAGGAGGAAAAGGAGCGCCAAAAACAAGCUGCGAAAGCUGAACGCGCCAAGAAGCGGAAACAGGAAAAGGAGUCUGCAAGUAAAAAAGAAGAACCCAAAGCCAAAAAAGCUCGUGAGGUUAAGACUGUAAAGCGUCCGGAAAAAGAGAAUGCAGCAGAAAAGAACACAAAAAAGUUUCUUUGUGCUGAACUAAAUAAGGUAAUUGAUGCAUCUGAUGUUGUAUUAGAGGUGCUGGAUGCUCGCGAUCCCCUGGGGUGCAGGUGUCCUCAGCUGGAGGAGGCGGUGCUGCAGAGGGCAGGCAACAAGAAACUACUUUUUGUUUUAAACAAAUUAGAUUUGGUACCAAGAGACAAUGCGCAACAAUGGAUCGAAAGAUUACAGCAGGAGUUUCCAGUUGUAGCCUUCAAAGCAGCGACACAAGCUCGACAUGAAAAAACGGUAAGAGCAAAGAGGAGAAGCAGGAUAAAACCUUCCAAUCAAAUCUUUGACAAAUCCAGAGGAGCAACCUGUUUCGGAGGAAAAUUUCUCACGGAGCUGCUGACGCAGAUCGCCGCAGACAAGGAGGGCGACAAGCGUCUCCGCGUGGGCAUAGUUGGCUUUCCCAAUGUGGGUAAGAGCAGCCUGAUUAACAGUCUGAAGGGAAGUCCCGCAUGCAUUGCCGGGUUGAAAAGAGGCAUGACAAAAUGCAUGCAGGAAGUGCAAAUCCCGCCGAACGUGAAUCUGGUCGAUAGCCCAGGUAUACUGGCCUGCCCGUCAAACCCGGCGGCCGCUAUCGCUUUAAGGAGUACGCAAGUGAUGGACAGCCACGAGAGCGUGCAGGAAGCUGUCUGGACUCUGCUUGAACAGUGCAACAAGCAACAGGUCCUCCUCCAGUUCAAUAUCUCGGAUUAUAGAAACUCAUUGGAGUUUCUAAACUUGUUGGCCAAAAAGCACAGUCUUUUCCAAAAGGGCGGCGGCCUGAACACGAUGCAGGCCGCUUCGAUGUUUCUGGAAGAUUGGACAGGAGCCAAGAUGAGCUUCCACUGCAAGCUCACGGAGAAAUGCGGCCUCCCUGCCUACGUUACGGACGCCGUCGUCACGGAGAUGUGGAGCGGCCUGGAUCGCGCGAAGCUGACAGCUGGCAAUAAAAAUACAAUGAACAAUGUUAGAUUCUCAUCCCAGGCCAACAGUAUCAGCUUCAUGUCGCACGGUCCGACGGCGGGUCUGCUGGUAGUCGAUGACCUCCCUGAAGAAAAAGGUGCCGUCAAACCCACAAAUGAUGUGGUGGUAGAGGCGGAGAACAACGAAGAGGUGAAACAAAAAGAGGACACAAAUGUAGAUGAAUCUGAGGAAGUCUCAACCGAAGAAAAAACGAAGCACGUACAGUUCAAGUUGGUGCCCAACAACAUCAGUGCCUCCACAGUGGAAACGGAUGACGCCUAUGACUUUAAUGCUUACUUUAAAUGA